GCACAUGAGAGAACAAUGCGUACUGAUAUUCUUUUUGGCAUGGUGAAAAGGGCUCAAUAUGCUAGAAAAAAUGACAAAUGUUAUAAUCCAUUAAAAAUAAUUAUAAUGAGUGCUACGUUAAAUUCUCAGAGAUUUGCAGAUUAUUUUAAUACAACUACGAUAUUACAAAUUCCGGGCCGACUUUUUCCGGUGAGCGUGAAUUAUAGCUUUGUAUCUCAACCUGAUUAUUUAGAUGCUGCGUUUAUUACGUCAACGCAAAUUCAUACAAAUCAACCGCCUGGUGAUAUCUUAGUAUUUUUACCUG